UAUUUUUACACAAUAACCAGCUACUUUAAAAAUUAUUUCCUCCGUUUCAUAAUGAAUGAUCUGAUUUGACUUGACAGGAAAUCUAAGAAUAUAAAGAAGACUUUUGAAUCUUGUGGUUCUAAAUUAAAGUCAUGUAAUAUGUACAUGUCACGUGAAAAGUUGAAAUCAAAAUGUUUCCAGAAAAAAGAAAAAGGUCAUUCUUUUUUAAACGAAGGAAAUAUAUAAAGAUGCGAAAUAUUAGCGAUCGUUUUAGUAGCUAGUAUAUUCAUUUAGUAACUUAAUAAGAAAAAAGUUAUUCACUUUGUAUAAUUUAUAUGGUGUUAAUUGGUAGGUAGAUAGAAAAUUAAUGUGACAUUUGUUUGACAAUUUAGAAAAAUAGCCCCGUAACUUCCGGAUAAGGGGUGCCUCCUCACAAAGGAGGUCGCAGUGACCAGGCCUGGGCGACAGUUUACCAAAAACACAGGUCUCCGCAAAGUCGUAAGACCAUGAUUUAUCGUUCAAGAAAAAGGGAUGGAACACUCCAUUGAAAUAGAUGAUCAAAUUCCACUGGUUCCUCAAACUUAUGAGUUCCAAACUUAUCAAGAUGAGUUACAGAUAGAAGGAGGGAGGAAAGUGGAUCCUUUAUUUGAGAAUUUAUUCAAUUCGCGUGUUAAACCAAUUAGCAUAUUCAAAGUGAAUGUGGGGCUACGUGAAUCAAAUCCAGAUGCUUAUACACCAAAGAUGGUCUCUAUUGGUCCUUACCAUAAUGGAAAACCUCAAUUUCGUCCAAUGCAAAAGAACAAACUAUUGUACCUACGACGGUUUCUUAGACGAAAGGAGAGGAUUGAUGUGGAUAGUUGCAUCAAGGGGUUGGAGGAGGAAGCAAGGAAUUGUUACGAUGAUAUAGAAGACCUCAGUAUUGGAAGCCGCGAAUUUUGCGAGAUGUUAUUACUUGAUGGUUGUUUUGUGGUUGAGUUUAUUCGAGAGCGUUUUGAGAUAGGCCCAAGACAAGAAGACGAAAUCAUCAAAAGUGACAUUGGUUGCAUAUAUAAUCAAAUACUCCGAGAUUUGAUGUUACUAGAAAACCAACUUCCUUUCUUUGUCCUCAACAAGCUUCAUGAGAAGACAAAGCAAGAUGAUGAACUCCCAUUGGCAAUACAAGCUGUGAUCUCAUUUACUUUUUUUGUUGACUUGGAAAAAUUGAUCAAUCAACGUAAGUAUGAACCCUUAAAAAAGAUAGCAUCUAACGCAGGUGAUAUCAAACAUUUACUUCAUGCAGUACACAUACUUUCAUGUCAUGGGAACCCCACGAAAACAUCAAAAGACGACACAACGUGGAGUAAGGCCAUGCCAAAUGCAACUGAGCUUUCUGAAGCUGGAGUUAGGUUUUCAAAUCAUACGAAUAGUAAUAACAAUUUGUUUGAUAUUAAGUUUGAGGAUGGAUUGAUGACAAUCCCUUGUUUUAAAGUCGCAGAUGAAACAGAAUCCUUCCUGCGAAAUCUCAUUGCUUACGAACAACUAUCAUUGGAAGUACAACCUAAAUAUUUCAGUGACUUUGCAGUUUUCAUGGAUCACCUUAUCGACUCAGACAAAGAUGUCAAUUUACUUCGCCAGAAAGGAAUCAUAAAACGCCGGAUGGGAGAGAACAAAGACGUGUCUAGCCUCUUCAACAAAAUCGGAAAUGGGGUCACUAUGUAUUCCACCUUUUAUUAUGAUAAUGAAUGCUUAAAAGCAUCUCAACACUGUCAAAAAAGAUUUAAUAGGUUGAUGGCAAAUUUGCUGCGCAAUUAUUUUAGUAGUCCUUGGGUAGGAGCUUCAACUGUGGCAGCCAUCAUACUUCUCAUACUCACAACUAUACAGACUAUUCUAGCUUUCACAGGUUCCAUUAAGUAAGUAGUAAUCGUAUCAAUUGUAGUAUUAAUGUGUUUUUCAUUAAUUUCCUACUUUGUAUUGAAUUUCAUUAAUGAAUGCGAA